AAUGACAGUAAGUAAUGUUGCCAUUGUCGCUCGUUUUUGUUGUUGGUUGUAAUCGUUUGUUACUGAUAAUUUCUUCCAUUAUUUUCAAUCUCAUGAGAUCGUAUUAAUCUUUCGAAACUGGACUUACGGUACUUGUACUACAGCAGAUUUGAAACCGUGGUUAAAAUCAGUUGCUCCUCACUUUUACUAAAAAUAAAUGGUGGAGUUGCGCAACAUGGCGAAUUCAACUCAGCUGCUGUAAAAGAACAUUUCAAUGAUUUUGUGAUUGUGACACGCUCUAGUUAGCUGAAGAUUUGAGAUUGGUCAAUGACUAUACAGUUAGUUAAAAAAUCCGUUGAUUAUCAGUACGUAGUGUGAUGGAACAAUCGAUAAAUGUUUGCCUGUAACGUCACUGACGACUGAACAUUGUCCUACAAAAGUAGGUAGUUGUUUUUGUUCGGGAACCAGCUAAAGAAAUUCAUCAAGCUGGAGCGAUUACCGGAGUACCUGCGCGAUACCGUCGACUGGUUCAUGGGGUGAGUGCGGCGGCCCGCGGGCGCACGUGCAUGUCUCUGUCAUGCUGGACUGCCUCUGGAAGGCGCGGCGCAAGGAGCGCGAGGGCGAGAGCGCCGGCGACCCCAAGCUGUACCUGCAGGAGGCGCUGCUGGAGCGCAAGCUGCCCGACAUCGACAUGCGCCAGCUCGUCGAGCUGCCGCACGGGCUCGACUACAAUGAGUGGCUCGCCUCGCACACGUUGGCGCUGUUCGAGCACGUGAACCUGCUGUACGGCACGGUGUCGGAGUUCUGCACGCCGGCCUCGUGCGCCGACAUGACGGGCCCGGGCGGCCGCACCUACGCCUGGUACGACGAGCGCGGCAAGAAGUCGCGCGUCGCCGCCCCGCAGUACGUCGACUACGUCAUGACCUACACCCAGAAGACCGUCAACGAUGAGACUGUCUUCCCCACCAAAUAUGCGAACGAGUUCCCGGGCGCGUUCGAGGGCGUGGUGCGGCGCGUGGUGCGCCUGCUGUUCCACGUGGUGGCGCACAUGUACGCGGCGCACUUCCGCGAGCUCGCGCUGCUGCGUCUGCACGCGCACCUGCACCUCACCUUCGCGCACCUCACCGCGCUGCACCGCCGCUACUCGCUGCUGGACCACAAGGAGACAGACGUGCUGCGCGACCUGGAGGUGGCCUUGCGGCUGACGGAGGCGGGCGGCGAGGACGAGGCGUCGCCGCGGCGGCGCUCGCCCGUGGUGACGCAGCCGCUGGCCACGGCGUGACGCCCCCGCCCCCGCCCGCUCCAUGCGUCCGACCGCACCAAGUGUCGACGAGUUGUUAAUUCUAUUGUAAAUAUUUCGAUCUGUUAAGUAGUUUUAGGUGAUUACGUUUAGUUUGUACUAUGAUUUGUGAUUGCUUCGGUUGUAAAUAAAAGUGAUAUUUGUUUAACUAAUAAACCGAGAGCUUUAUUGA